AUGAUCUCCAAGACUAUAGUUAACAGGUUGAAGCCUAUUAUGCCUCUUAUCAUCUCUGAGUUUCAGAGCACAUUUGUCCCUACACGGUUGAUUACGGAUAACAUUAUUGUUGUGUUUGAAAGCAUACAUGCUAUUAAACGGCGUGGUGGGAGUAAGCUGAAGAAAAUGAUGUGUAGAGCUAAUCAUGGAUUGUAUAUCCACUGUUACAUACUCUGUCCAAGUUCGGGGGCUGGCUUAGGGAAUGAUUGUGCCAUCAAGGGGGCUGCGUUAGGGAGAUCCUCUCUCUCCAUAUCUAUUCUCAGCAUGUAUGAAAGAGCAUCUGUAUGUUUUAGCCCCAACACUGAUCCGGUGAUGAAGCAACUAAUUUAUGAAAUGCUUGGAGUGCCAAUUGUUACAUGUCAUGAACGCUACCUUGGGAUGCCUACCUUAGCUCAACGCAGCAAAACCCAGAUGUUUAAUCAUGUGCGAGAAAAAGUGUGGCGAAAGCUCAAUACUUGGGAUACGAAGUUGCUGUCAGCAGCAGGCAAAGAAGUCUUAAUUAAGGCGGUUGGUCAGGCACUACCUACUUAUACAAUAGGAUACUGGUGGGGGAAGAGUGGCAGGAAAGGAAUUCAUUGGUUGGGUUGGAGGAAAUUGUGUAAACCAAAUUGUUUGGGAGGCCUUGGCUUCAGAAACUUUGAAGCUUUUAAUAAAGCCAUGGCUAGUUUGGGGAGCUCGCUGUUAAUGAUAUGGAAAUCUAUUCUGUGGGGAUGUGAGGUUAUUGAGGAUGGCCUGAUUUGGAGGGUGGGCAAUGGAGCUUCUAUCCAUGUUUUCCAAGAUAGGUGGAUUCCAAAACCAUUUACUUUUAAGCCGUUGAUGACUAGAGGGCUGGAUUGGAAUACUACGGUUUCUGACCUUCUAACUGCUUAUGGCUCAUGGAAUUUACCACUGUUAGAGCAACAUUUUAGCUUGGAAGAUCAAGAUAUCAUUUUUGGCAUCGCCUUGGGAUCAGUUUCACAGUUGGGUGAUAGCAAAUUUUGGUUUUUCUCAAAGAACGGGAAAUAUUCCGUUAAGACUGGGUAUCGUGUGGCGGUAAGGCAGUGCGAUGAGGAUUUUGGAGUGGGGGGAUCGGAUCAGAGUGCUCAAGAAGGGUGCUUACAUCUCAUGUGUGCUCAAGGUGUGGGAAAUAUCCUGAAGAUGCCUACCACACUCAGUGGUCUUGCUGUGGCUUCAAUGAUGUCGAAAGCUGACUUAGAGCGCUUUGCUUGUUGUGUGUGGAGUGCAUGGAAACUACGUAAUGACUCUUUGCAUGGGAAACAGAUUAUACAGUUGGAUAAUAUGGUGGAAAACACGAUGGAAAUGCUGGCAGUGUUCAAAUCUUGUGAGGAGCAGUCCAAGCUCCCCUUCAUCUCUCAACAGGUCCAUUGGUUGAAACCACAGGUCAAUACUCUUAUUCUUAAUUGUGAUGGGGCUGUGGGUUGUGAGCAAGGCACUGAGUUGGUAGUUGUCUAUGAAGGUUUAUUGAUGAUGGGAUACCUGGGUUUUACUCGGUUUACCAUUGGUCUUGAUUCUCAAGAAGCUGUUUCUAUUCUCAAGGAUGGGUUGGAUUGGUGGAGUAAUAUUGGUAAUGUGGUGGAGGAUGUUCGUCGGUUAAUGGUUGAUCGAGAGGUGGCUGGAGUGUUCUACCAACACUGGAAAGGUAAUAGGGUGGCACAUAGCCUAGCCCAGCAUGGAUUGAGUGCGAGAUCUCGACUUUAA